UUUUUACUCAAAUACAGUACACAUCCGCUGUUUUUUGGAAAUUCAAUAAAUUCCCGAUUUCUGUUAAGCUAACAUUCCCAAAGAGAUUCGCGCAGCAAGCUGUUGAUGAAUAUAGGGUUCUCGAUCGACAUCAGUGGUUCUACAAUCUCACAAAUUGCAAUUGAAUUGAGCUUCUUCGCCUUAAUCAGCUGUUAAAUCCUCCGAAUUAAUGGCCGCCGUCGCCAACAACACCAACAAGGGCUCCGCCGCGAGCUUAUCGCUGAAAUCGCCGAAGCAGAAGGAACUGCAGGGGCUUCUAUUAGGCCGAUACGACGUCGGACGCGUCAUCGGCCAUGGAACCUUUGCCAAGGUCUACCACGCGCGGAACGUGAAGACUGGGGAGGGCGUCGCGAUUAAGGUCACCGACAAGGAGAAGAUCCUCAAGGUUGGUCUCAUGGCGCACAUCAAGCGCGAGAUCUCGAUUCUCCGGCGCGUGCGCCAUCCCAACAUCGUCCAAUUGUUCGAGGUGAUGGCCACAAAAUCGAAGAUCUUCUUCGUGAUGGAGUUCGUGAAAGGCGGCGAGCUCUUCAGCAAGGUGGCGAAGGGGCGGCUCAAGGAGGAGGUGGCGCGGAAAUACUUCCAGCAGCUGAUCUCCGCCGUGGCGUUCUGCCACGCGCGCGGCGUCUACCACCGUGAUUUGAAGCCGGAGAAUAUCCUACUCGACGAGGACGGUAACCUAAAAGUCUCCGAUUUCGGAUUGAGCGCGAUUCCGGAGCAAAUUAAGCAGGACGGGCUAUUCCAUACUUUCUGCGGCACGCCGGCGUAUGUCGCGCCGGAGGUUCUCUCAAGGAAGGGCUACGACGCGGCGAAGGUCGAUAUCUGGAGCUGUGGUGUUAUUUUGUUUGUUUUAAUGGCGGGAUAUUUGCCGUUUCAUGAUCAAAAUGUGAUGUUUAUGUAUAAGAAGAUUCACAAAGGGGAUUUCCGGUGCCCUAGGUGGUUCUCCCCCGAAUUGAUUCGUUUAUUAACUCGUUUGCUUGAUAUAAAUCCUGAAACUAGGAUUACUAUACCGGAAAUUAUGGAGACGAAGUGGUUUAAGAAGGGAUUUAAGCAUGUGAAAUUCUACAUAGAAGAUGAUAAGUUGUGCAGUGUAGAUUCGUCUGAGAAUAGUGAUGAGUUUGCUUUGCUUGAUCAUUCGUUGUCUGAGUCGGAGGCUGAGGCAGAGAGCAGGCGGAGGAUCACUAGCCUCCCUAGGCCGGCUAGCUUAAACGCGUUUGAUAUCAUCUCCUUCUCGCGUGGCUUUGAUCUGUCGGGGCUGUUUGAUGAGGGAUCGGAUGGAGGUGCUAGGUUUGUUUCAGGGGCGCCAGUAUCGACUAUCAUAUCAAAGCUGGAGGAGAUAGCCAAGGUUGUGAGUUUUGCAGUGAGGAAGAAGGAUUGCAGAGUGAGUUUAGAGGGGUCUAGGGAUGGUGUGAAGGGGCCACUGUCGAUCGCAGCUGAGAUAUUCGAGCUAACGCCUUCAUUGAGAGUGGUUGAGGUCAGAAAAAAAGGGGGUGAUAGGCAAGAAUAUGAGGAUUUCUGCAACAGUGAGCUGAAGCCAGGGUUGCAGAGCCUUGUUACUGCGGAAAACAGUUUGAAUUCUUCUUACUUACCUUCGGAUACUGAAUAGGAGGGGAAGGAAGGCGAAACAUUCGGACGCUAAAUGGGAGGGGAGGGAAGGCGAAAACGAGUACGUGCUUUUAUCCGCCAUUUUUCCUUCUGAAGAUGGUUUUUUUUUCUUUUGUUUUUCUACCAUGGAUAUAUACUUGUGUUUUUGCUAGUAGUUGUUAUAAUGUGAAUCUUGUGUGUUGGUGUAGAAAUGUUUGUUGAUAUCCUUAAUGGGAAUGAAUGAAUACACCAUUGUCUCU